GAAGUAAGCAGCAUCAUCAGUAAGAAAUCUCUGAUAAACCAUAAAACAUUUCAUAAAUCGUUGUCGACUAGAUUAGAGGCGUCGAGUGGUGAUUUUUUUUUGUUCUUGUUCCUUCUUGUUUUUUGUGUUGAACAUUAUUAUUGCUUUAUUAGCGGCAAUAAUGGAGAUUGAUAGCAUAACGCCAAACAACAAUGAAAUCAAUCGAAAGUGUGUGAAAAUUGAGCAAUCAGAAAAAGUCGAUGACAAUAAAAUGUCGACAAAAAUGUGUAAUAAAUUUUCAAUAGAAUCAAUUUUAGGACUCAAUUCUCAUAAUGAUGACAUCGCAAAAUCUAAUCGAUUGGAUUUGAUUGACUUUUGCAGCAGAAAAGAUGUCAUUUUAUCACCCGAUACAGCUUUUUAUCACCAGCAUGAACCAAAUGUAUUUUAUCGCAACUGGUUAGAUACAAAUUUCAAUUUUCAAGCACAACAGCGAUUAUUAAUGGGAAAAAUGAGGCUGAGAAAGACGGGAAUCGAUAGGAAACCGCGUCAAGCGUAUUCACAAUGUCAAUUGGAGAAGCUCGAAAAUGAAUUUAAAAAUGAUAAAUAUUUGUCAGUGAGCAAGAGGCUAGAAUUAUCUAAAAUUCUAAAUCUAACUGAAGUACAAAUAAAAACGUGGUUUCAAAAUCGCCGAACAAAAUACAAAAAACAAAUGUCAUCAAAGCUUAAAAUUGCACAUCGGAAUACAUUUUAUCAAAAUUAUACGAUAAAUCAAGAACCGCAACAUCAUCCCGUUCUUCCGCCAUCAACAAUAUAUUAUUUAAAUUCACAACUGAUAUCACAACAGCAGCAGCAACAUUAUUUAUCGUAGAACAUUAAGCAUAAAAAUAAUAACUUUAAACUUAAUCCAAACUUGC